CCGGCGACAGCACUGAGACCGUUCCUCGCCCUUCCACCCCUCUCUGCUUAGCUCGACCACAGCGCAUCGUGCUCACCUUGCUCUUGGCGAUGCCGCCGCGUCCUUUACCAGACAUUCUCGUCUCUGGGCGGCCAUCUCGCGAUGGUUACCGUGUUCUGACGCCACGGACACCUCAUUCACGCGCCGGACGCGCCGAAGAGGGCUUCACCGAGGUCGAACUCGAGGAGUUCCAAGAUGAGGAAGCGCGCGAGUAUCGCAAAAAUACUCAGUCCCAACCACUGCUUUCUUCAAAUCCGCGCGAGGCGGGCUACAGGAGUCGCGGAGAUGAGGAGCCACGGACAAAGGGUGGCCUGCUCAGUCCCAAGAACCUGUUCAGCAACCUGCCACUACUUGCUGGGACGGUGUUGAGCCUCUUCCUCUUUGGGCUUGUGGUCGUGUCUAUCAACCGUCCCGGAGCUCUCGAAGCUGCGUUUCUGCAGUCUCCAGAAGAGUUCUUUGAGUCGGGAGAGCCGGUCACACCAGAGAACGAACACACUGCACGUCCUAUCUACAAACCUCCGCCUCUGCCCACACCAUCUAUAGUGGAAACACGUCCCCCACCAGACCUUCUCAUAUCCUACGAAAACUACACCAGUUUCCCGCUGACCGGCGACCAAUACCGGCAUGAGUGCGCGACGCUCAUGUCCGGUUUCAUGCACCACGGCGAAUAUUGGGAGGAGCCCCGCAUGGGCACACACGAUGUUGUACAUCACGACGACGUUACGAACUACCAUAUGGCAGAGGGCCAGCGAACCCGCGUCUGCAAAAGCACUAUCACCUAUCUGCUCGAUGGCCAUGUCGGCCUUAUGGCGGACCUUGCGCUAAUGGCACAGGCCGCGGCCUUUGCGCGGGAGCGUAAUCGGACAUUCUUUGUAGAUGAUACACAUUGGACCCGCGGCAAGUGGAUCGACCAUUUCCAGCCCGUCGAAGGUCUUGACCCGGGACCGGAACCUGGAUGUCUACCGCCCCCUCGGGAAGAACUGGUUGCAUGCCCAAGAACAGCGAGACACUGGGUUAUAAGCUCUCGCACCGCCGAGUUCCACAUGGGGCAUCCGUUCGCCGAAGAAUACGAGGACCCCUAUGGACAUGGCAUGCACCGCCUGCGGCCGAUCUACGAACGCGCCCUAAAGUCGUUCGAGGAGGUCAUCCGGCCGAACGCCCACCUCGCCGAGCUCAUCCGAAGCGCACGCAAGGAGGUUGCCGAGCUGCUUUCAUUGCCCUCGCUCCCGGUCGGAGACCCCAACGCCGACGGCGUCUCGAGCAACGCCGCGACGACCGCGCAACAGAUGUACAUCGGCGUGCACAUUCGCAAGGGCGACCGCAGACCCGAAGGGUACAUGUUCUACCCGGACAAGCAGGUCCCGCUCGAGAACUACGUCGCCGGGGCGCGCGAGACUUGGGACAGGCUGUACGCCAACGCUAACGCGUCGGGCACGCCCGCCGCCCCCGCUACGCGCGCACAGGCCGACGUGUCCUCUGGCCGACCCGACCACUAUCCGGCGGCGCCCAUAACGUGGCUCGCGUCGGACUCGCCCCCUGCAGCGCGCGAUUUUGUCGCGGCGUUCCCUCCGGCAACGGCCGUGUUCUCGCUCGAACACAACACGAAUCCGGCGUUGCGGGCGCUCGCCCCGAAACACGCUUAUGUCCAGGGCGAGUUCGACCAGGACCCGCUCGAUGAGCGGAUACGGCUGACGAGGGGUAUGAUCGUGGACUUUGCAAUGCUGAGCGGGAUGUGGGCGUGGCCGGGAGAGAUUUUGCCUGCGGCAGUCGUCUGCGGACUGGGCUCGAACGUAUGCCGCAUGGCAGCCCUUGGAUUUGGUUUUGACCGUGCAUUUGGGUUUGACGGGAAUGGGGACUACGCCAUGGGACAGGUUAAUCGCAAGCGACGGCGAUGGGUGGAUGUCGAUGUGGACGGACGAAUCGAGCCGGAGUGGCUGGCGUUCGAGUUCCAUUGAGUUGUGGGUGAUCUAGCUGGACAUUAUCGGAUGUAUAAAAUGCGCCCUAUAUAUUAGUAGCAUCUUGAACAUAGGAUGCUUCGGACUUUGCGAAUGCUCAGACACAUUUGUUC